AACCGUUGGUUCCAAUUCGUGGCUUGUUGGCUUUGCCACAAGUUCCUUUUCCUAACACCGUAACCUACCAGUAAGCACCUAAACCAAUUCCAUCCCAAUCGUAGAACAGCCUUACUGGUGGCGUAUACCUAGCUGUUCUAGAAAUAAGCUUGACCGAACCGUGCAUUCGAAUAUUAGUCAAAGCGUUUGCUCACUCCGACACGUUACCGCCCGUACUGAGCUAGGACAACCACCCUUUAUGGAGUUGACCUAAUCGUAAUGUGACCCUGCGUGGAAGGGCUGCCAACAUUUUUGAAAUGACACCUUCGGCUUUUCACGAAGAUGUGAAAAACCGAAGCGAAUAAAACUAUGAACAUAGCAUUGGUCGGGUCUCAUUCCUAAAAAGGCUACCCUCUAGUUUAGUAGUGCGCGCCGUUCUGAGUUUCCGUAAUUCAAAAUGUGUAUUAGAGUGUAGCAUCGUGUAUUUAACCUGAAUGUGUCCUUUUUUUAGAUAAGCAUUUGAAGAUUGUCCGUAAGCGACUGAUCCUAAAGAAAACGUGUUAAUUUGUGUUAUUAGAAGAAAAGGUAAUUAAUAAUAAGGCUCAUUGUUAUAUUGUGAAAUCGUGCUACAAAUUGGCGCCCAACGAAAAUAAAUUCAAAUUAGCAUUCGUUCAAAAUAUUUUUCUAUUUUCCACCCCGAGCGGAGGGGAAUAAAACAUUUCACGUUUUAGUUAGUUCGUUCUUCAAACGAAUCUGCUAGAUCAGGCAAAAUGGAUUUGGAACUCGAGUUGCAUUACAAGCGUUUAAUGGUGCAUCAUCUGGAGAAGCAUGAAAUCGAGCAUGAAUUGGCGAUUCGAGCAGUUCAAUUCGAUCCAGCAGAGACUCGAUCGGCGAUACAGAGAAGACUGAGAGAUCGGUUGAAAGAGGAAAAAGAGCUAGAUACGUUAGAUUUGGACUUUUCUAGGUGUAAUAUAACCAUCGAUAAUGAAAUCAAAAUUAUCGAUUCCAACGUAGAGCAAAUCAAAGCUUACUUGGAAAAUGAGAAACGUUUUGAGGGUUUGAGGGACAGCCUAAAGUCGCGGUUGGUCCACUAUUUCGCGCGGGUUCGUCGAGCUCAAGAGCACGCAGAGACCGACGAAGAUCUCAACGACUUCGAUAAGCUCCUCAGUGCAAUUCGAGGACUUAUUAAUACACACUUUUCCAUAUUUUCUCCCAUACAAUCGGUGAGAGAAGACAUGUUGCAGGAAAUUGUACGUUCAGUCUCGAAUUUGAAACUGGGAGCAAUUCCCAAGACAAAUCAACCUAAACAGGGAGCUGAGCGAUCUCAUAGAAACUCCAAAAGAAAGGAGAAGGACAACACUAGUGCAGGGACUUCUGAUGGUAAUGAGGAGGAAUUGGGGGCGGUUGGUCCGGUUACUUCUGCGAAUCGCCGCGUGUUGAAAUCUUUCGAACAAUCGUCCAAACCGAAUCUUGGAGCCCUCGCCGCGUUGUAUCCAUUCGGUUUCCCGCCGUAUCCCAUGGGAUGGCCGCAGCCGGACGCCAGUACGGAUGCAAAUCAAUCGGAAACGGUUUUGCGAAAAUUCUCACUUCGGAAAAAGUCCAAGUCUAACCCGGUUCAGCAGGUACAGACUUCGGAAUCGGUUACAGAUUCGGAAUCCACGAAUUCUUCGGCCUCGUCGGAUCGUCCGGUAGUCAAAGCCCAAAGAACUCGUCGUCGUCGCGAUUAUCACAAAAGCCGGCCAAUCUCCGAAUGGAACAUCAAAUAUGAUGGGAGAGAUAACGGCCAGAAUUUGAUGAAAUUCAUCAAAGAAAUCGAAUUUUACGCGAAAUCUGAAAACGUGUCGAGGAGAGAGCUAUUCCGGUCCGCGAUUUAUUUUUUCAAGGAUCAAGCGAAAUCUUGGUUCAUGUCGGGUGUCGAAAAUGAAGAUUUCGGUGAUUGGGAUGAGCUUAUUACGGAAUUAAAACGCGAAUUUUUGAGUCCGGAUCACGACCACGUAAACGAAAUCAAGGCGAUCUCGCGAAAACAGGGUCCAAAAGAGAGAUUUUCUGAUUAUCUUUCGGAGUUGCAGAAAAUUUUCAAUUCCCUUACAAAACCUAUCUCCGAAGGCAAGAAAUUCGAAAUAGUAAUGCGUAACUUACGGUCGGACUAUAAAGGCCACGCGGUCGCGUCAAACAUUAACAACUUGGCCGAUCUUAAGAGAUUUGGGAGGCAGCUAGAUGCGACGUAUUGGUAUAAGUAUGCCCCAAAUGCUCAAGAUCAACCCGCGUCGCGAGUUAAAGCCCAAGCGAAUGAAAUUACUCGAGAACCACGGAAUAAAAUACAACCUCCACCCGAGGAGCCAAAACGAACCUACAAAUCGAAGAGCUUUUAUCGGUCGCAAAAAGAACACUCGGAAGAAGAACAACCAGUGAACAAACCGUCACGCGAUACUCCGAAACUUACGAAACAGGGGAACCAACAAGUGAGGAAAUCCGAAGAGUCUAGGGCACCUCCACCUUGGAUUGACAGUUACAUCCCACCUGUAGAGGGCACUUGCUUCAACUGCCGACGUCGUGGACAUAGCCAUACUGAGUGCAAGGCACCGCGCUAUAAAUUUUGUCUCCGGUGUGGUCUACACCAGGUAGAAACGAAAAAUUGCCCAUUUUGCGCAAAAAACUACCAGUAGACUACCUGAGAGGGCAGG